CGCCGCUCGCGCCAGCAUCUCAUUCAGACGGGAUCCGGCGGCAUGCCUCACUGCUGACGUUUUCUCAUGUGAAACCCGAACCCAGGCUGCUGUCAGGAGCCUUUAUGUCUCUUUUCGGUCGCGGUUGGGUUGGGAAAUGCCUGCAGGAGAGCGUCCUCGUCGUGUGGACGCCGUGCGCUCGAUGCUGUGCCUCAUCAUAGCUGGUCUCCAGUGCGUCUCUGCGUCUGAAGGUUGCGUGCACAGCGUAGGAAAUCAAGAGAGCAGGAGCAUCUUUGAGCAAAUUGAGAGUUAUGAGAUCACUUAUCCCACUUGGCAGCAUCCUUUCAGGCACAGGAGGUCUGCCAGCAAGGAGCACCCAGCAGAGAUCCAGGUUGUGGUCACUGCAGAGAGUCAGAAUCUCACCUUACAUCUGAAGAAAAAUGAGCAGCUGUUGGCCCCUGGAUAUCAGGAAAUAUGGUACAACCCUAAUGGAGCUCGACAGUCAUCUUUUCUUGCAAACACUAGCCAUUGUUUAUACCACGGUGAAGUUUUGGGCAUUGAAGAGUCCAAUGUUGCCGUUAGCACUUGUUCGGGACUCAGGGGAAUGAUUUCGAUCAACACAAGCCUCAGCUACCUCAUAGAACCUCUUCAUAACUCCACGAAUACUCAGGCGCACGCCAUCUUCCAAGCCAAGAGUUUCCGCCUCUCCAGAGGAAGCUGCCUGCACUGUCAUCGCACUAACGAACAUGGAGACACGCUCAAUGACUUCAUUUAUGGAAUGAUGUCACCAUGGAGGACGAGGAGGAGGGACAAAAGGGAGUUGGGCCAGAACACCAAGUAUGUGGAGCUUCUGCUUGUGGCUGACAAAGCUGAGUUUCAGAAACACGGUUAUAAUCUAGAGAAGACCAAAUUGAAGUUACUGGAAGCAGCCAACUUGGUUGACAAGUUUUACAAAGCUCUGAACAUCCGGGUGGCAUUAAUUGGUCUGGAAAUAUGGACGACCCAGGAUAAGAUCAAUGUGUCUGACAACCCUCACAGCACUUUAGCAGCAUUUUUGUCCUGGAGACGAAAGCAGCGUCAAAUUCUCCCCAAUGACAACGCUCAGCUUAUCACAGGCAAGUCAUUCCAGGGUACCACCAUCGGCCUUUCACCUCUUAAAGUCAUGUGCUCCGACUACGAGUCUGGAGGAGUAAACACGGAUCAUUCAGAUUUAGCAGUUGGUGUCGCUGCCACUAUGGCUCACGAAAUGGGCCACAACUUUGGCAUGACUCAUGACACGAAGGGCUGCUGCCAGGCCAAAGCUGAGGAUGGAGGCUGCAUCAUGGCUCCCGCCACCGGGCAUCCGUUUCCACGCGUUUUCAAUGACUGUAACCGGAGAGAGCUGAUGAGCUUUCUCAGCUCCGGGGGAGGAAAGUGUCUCUAUAACUUGCCAAACACAAAAGCAAUGUAUGGAGGCCAACGGUGCGGCAAUGGCUAUCUGGAGGAGGGGGAGGAAUGUGACUGCGGGGAGGAAGAAGAAUGCACCAGUCCCUGCUGUAAUGCCAGCAACUGCACUCUGAAAGCAGGAGCCGAGUGCGCCCACGGAGUCUGCUGUCAUAACUGUAAGUUGAAGAGUCCUGGCGUUCUGUGUCGACCUUCCUCUGGUCCCUGUGAUCUGCCAGAGUACUGUGAUGGAAAGACAGAGUCUUGUCCUGCUAACUUUUACCUGAUGGACGGUACAUCGUGUGCAGAUGGGAAGGCAUAUUGUUACACAGGCAUGUGCUUAACGCUCGAUCUGCAGUGUCGGUCACUCUGGGGAGGAGAUGGACGUUCAGCUCCAGACAAGUGUUUCACAGAAGUUAACAAAGCUGGGGACAUGUAUGGGAACUGUGGCAAAGAUCUGCUUGGGAAAUACAGGAGCUGCACCGACAGGGAUGCUAAAUGUGGCAAAAUCCAGUGCUCCACAUCAGCUACCAAGCCCGUUGGGAACAACGCUGUGAUCAUUGAAACCUCAAUCACUGAUGGCAAAAAGAAAAUUUACUGUAAGGGAACCCACGUGUACAAGCUCCCCCACGGAGACCCGGAACCACAGACUGAUGCCCUGGACCCAGGCCUGGUCAUGACGGGGACCAAGUGUGGCGAUAACUCGAUUUGUUUCCACGGAGAGUGCCGCAAUAAUUCCUUUCUUAAAGCUGAUGAGUGCAACUCAAAGUGCCACGGACACGGGCUAUGCAACAACAACCGCAACUGCCACUGCGACGCGGGCUGGGCGCCACCUCAAUGUGACCAAAAGGGGUCAGGAGGGAGUGUGGACAGUGGACCUGUCAUCAGCCAAAGUAACCUCCUGGCAUACCUUCUGCCUCUUUUUCUGGCUCUUAUUGUGUUCUUGGCUUCUCUUGGACUUUGGUGCCACAGAACACAUAAGCUCUUCCCACUCAAAGUCCCCGCACCAACUCCUCCACUGUCAUGUGCAGUCACAGUUGAAGAGAAGCCUGUGCGUGCUGUCAACCCGACUUUCUUACAAAAACAGCAGGAUUCGCCAAAUGCGGCUGGUCCGUCCCGGCACAGAAAUGCCAUAGUGCGUCCAGCAGUGAAGCCUCCUCCGAUACCUCCAUAUACCGUCAACCAGAAAGGCCAGACCUCACAUCCUCACGCUGAGCCAGUUGCUUGCUCUUCUAGUCAAAGCUCUCCUCAGGGUCACACCCCAUCUGCUUGUAAACCAUUCCCGAUAACCCCACUUCUACCAGGACCUACACGUUUACCUCCCCAGACUGCUAAAAACCGAUCCCAGCCCUCCUUAGGAACAAAAGAACUCAGGCCGGACCCACCAAGAAGACCUCCACCACCUUGUCCCACAAGGAAAGGGGACCAACAGAAUGUAAAAGGCCUGGAGGAGACUGGUGGUGCUCCUAAUAGAAGAAAAGCCGCUGUGGCUCCAUCUGCUGGACAGAAAAAAACUUGCAGAACAUAAGGCAAAACCUUCAGGACAUACUGGGCUCAGCCUCUUACAUCCAGCUAUGGACUGCCUCAAGCUGCAUAUUAAAAAAGGCUGCAGCACUGUGCUAUAAAACAAAUACUUGAUACUGUAUUUACACUGAUGUGCAUUGAGAGGAAAUUGAUGUAAUUAUAAGAAGUUGAUAAUCUCCUUACAAUCUGUUGGGUUCAAUGGAAGGCUCCUUGUUUGCAAGAUGAUUUUUUGUUCUGCAGCUGUGAAUUGAAACUCAUGUUGUAUUGGCGCCCCAGCUGUAAAUGGAAAUGUGACGCUUUCAAAUAUGUAGUCAAAAUUCCUGAAAAAACAAAAAUGUUGUUUACAAAGCAGCCUGUGUACGAAGCAUGGUGCCUCUUGGAGAAGCGUCAGCUGAAAAAAUGUGUCUUAUAUUAAGAAAAUAUGGAAAUACUAUUAUUAUUGUGCCUAUUAUGUAUGAAAAAGCAUAAAUAGCGGCUUUGAACUGGACCAAUGGAAACCAGUGAAUUCCAUUCAUGCAUGCUGCAAAUCUAAUAUGCUUAUAUAAAAGAGAUACAUGUCUUAUAUGAUGCAUAAUGUGAAAGACUUUUAUAUGAUGUUUUUAUUAUGAUUUGAGUUUGUGUUUUUAUUAAAUGUGCACUGCUUGAAGGGUGUUUUUUUUAACUUUCUUCUUCCAGAUGGUACUAACUUUUACUACCUGUAACCUUUCUAGUUAAAUAAUGAAAGUUCUUAAAGAAUGUUUAAAAUCUAGAUACUUUUUUUAAAUUUCAGUUUUAGAGUAGUCUGUCAAUAAUUUCCUAACAACUUGUUCUGUAUUUGCACAAAAAUAAAAUCUGCUUGAUCGAAAAUGCUGUAAAAGGUCUCUUGUAGCAGAGAAAAUGCUUGAAGCCAGGCUGGUGUCACAGCACUGGGGUCUGUCUGAAAACGUUUUUUCUUAUAGUCUGUAAUGUGAAAAUACAGUCUAAACUGCCAUGUUUUAGUUUGUAUGACCUAUGCAAACUAAAGGGAAUGUUCAGCCCUGUGUCUGGAAGCAGGAAAUUAAUAAAAAUGUAAAAA